UUAUGUUAGAAAUUUAGAGUAUACAAAGCAUCCUCAACACAAGCCAUUAAUCAAAACCGAUGUUUAAAUAGGAAGGUGAAGAAGGGGCACAUGACGUUCAAUUUACUGUUAAACUCUAUAUCAGGGCAUCGCUAAGGUCAGACAACUCCACAUGCUCCUGAUUACAGGCUAAUCAACCACGACCAUUUAACCAAUCAGUGCCAGGCAAAACAAAAGGCAAACACCAAUUUAAAACUAGGGGCCCACUUCAGUUCAUUUUUACCAAUUCAUCAUGCAGAAAGGAGAAUGGCUCUUUCAUAGACUACUCACUGAGUUACAGCACACUGAUGUGGACUAUAACUGGUAGACAGAUUUGUCUAGCAUGAACCAAAGAUCUUUCACAUAAUGAAAAGAAGAACAAAACAGGUGAAAUUAUGGACGUACUCGCAUGGACACGAUGUUUUUUCAUAUUUAACUGCACAGUCUUAACCUUAGCAUUAGUAUUGGGUUUACCCGGGAACUUGUGGGUUUGUUGGGUUGUUUUCAGGACCAAGAGCAUGCAGACCUUCAAUAACGCGCUGCUGGUCAGCUUGGCCGCCAGUGACCUCUUGAAGUGCUCUGUGGACACACCGCUGCUGCUCUUCUCUUUUCUGCGUUACGGGAAGGACAGCCAGGUGUCGGUGUCUGUGUGCACCCUGCAGCAGUUCACCUAUGCCCUGUGCAGCUGUGUCCAGCUGCUCACGCUUGUCGGCAUCAGCGUGGAGCGCUUCCAAGCCAUCGCGUUCCCUUUCCAAACCGAGAGGAGGAAAGCGAGGGUCAGUCUCUGGAUCCUGUCCAUCUGGGCAUGCGGCCUCAUUUUGGCUAUAAUCUCUCUGACUCUUUCCAAAAAGGCGCUUUUUUACAUGCUCUGCCGUCCGCACUUCAGGGGUCAAGACGACGAGCGUCUACAAUAUUCGGAUCCAUUUGGACCCUACGUGCUGGUCCCGGUGUGGGGAUUGUCUCUGACUGUGAUCGUUAUCCACUACGUGCGGAUAUUCAACGUUGUUAGACGGCACCGAAAGAAAGUGUUCAGUCGGGAAGUCCAGCUGAGGCCGACGGUCUCGGAACACGUCUGUGGCUGUCUGAGUGUCAAUGCUUCAGCACCACGGACAGCUCCGCCGGGCUCCUUCAGCCUAUUGCCUCCCAGUCGGACGGUGCUCUUGGUGGCCGAGGCCAGUGCUACGUGUGCGGGCUCCUCCACGGGAGGCGCCCCAGGAAGACCUCCGGAGAUUGUUGGGGCAGUGUGUCUUCUGACCCCAGCGGCCAGGGAGCGGGGAAAGAAACAGAUGGAAGGGAAGCUGGCCCAGCGUUUUGGGUACAUAACCAUUGCGUUCACGCUUUCCUGGGUGCCUAUGGUGGUUAUUUUGCUAACGAACGUCAUCUCGUGGCAUAACACUGACAAAUUGCUGAUGGAGCUGGAGACAUCAGCUAUGGUGCUGACCUGUGUGCAGGCUGCAGUGGAUCCCCUCAUCUAUACAUUAGUCACUAGACAGUUUCGCUCUGAACUCAGCAAGAUACUCUCCUCCAUCCCAAGGUGUCCCCUAAAACGGAGUGCCUGAAGGUUCAACACUUUAUGAACAUUUGGAUCACAUGUACUGGACUUUUGGGAAUUGAAACACACACACACACACACACACACACACACACACA